AUGGACACGGCAAAGCUAGAAAGUUUGCUGGUUAGAUUGGAGACUGCGGUCGCCAAGUUGGAAGGGCGCGCCGGAGGAGCUGCUGCCCCCGCUGCUGGUGGUGAUUCUAGCGCUGAUGCUGCUUCAACCAGUCCAUCCUUCCUUGAUUACUCAGCGUGGCUCGACUCCUCCAUCAAGCCCUUUGUCGACGCGUCCACUGCCCUCGGCGACGACAUCGCAAAAAUGGGCGCUCUCGUCCAAAAAGUCUUCGACGCGCAGAAGACCUUCAUCCUCCUCGCCGCAAAACAUUCCAAACCCGCCGACAGUGACCUCCAAAAGAUCCUCGAACCGCAGGUCAAAGCAAUUACUGGCGUAACGGAGUUCCGCGAGGCAUCCCGCCGCUCGAAAUACUUCAACCACUUGUCGGCCGUCUCCGAAGCCAUUCCGGCUGUGUCCUGGAUCUGCGUUUCCCCAACACCUGGCCCUUAUGUCAAGGAAAUGAGCGACGCUGCGAUGUUUUACACGAACCGAGUUCUCAAGGAAUACAGAGAGACAUCGCCCGAGCAUGUUGCGUGGACUAAAUUGCUCUUAGGGGCGCUUAGGGAGCUCCAGGCUUACAUCAAGCAGCACCAUACUACUGGACUGACUUGGAAUCCACAGGGAUCACGGCUAGAGCCAAAGCACAUUAUGCGCCCUGUUCUUUCCCCAAAGCCCAACCGAAAAUCCCCCACCCCUCCUCCUCGGUCUUCAUUGCCUCCCCUCCACCUCCUUCUAGCCCUCCCCCACCCCCUGUCCCCAAUUUUAUCCCUCCUCCACCGCCCAUGGGACCUCCUCCUCCACCACCAGCAUCCGCCAAGCCCGCUCCUCCCACGAGUGAUGAAAAUACGCUCGCGUUAUUCAAUGAAAUCAACUCGAAAGGACUUGGCAUCUCACAGGGGUUCACCUGCGAAGCCAGGCGCUGCCGGAUCCGAAAAGCCAAAAGUGGCGCCUAAACCUCGCGCAGCAGCUGGAGGUGCUCCGCCACCACCACCUCCAUCAGCGCCCGGAGGACCUCCACCACCUCCACCACCAGCAGAGGGUCUCCCAGCGGCCUCUGCUGGCGGCAACGAGGAAAUCGACAGAUCGGCACUCUUCGCCGCGCUCAAUAAGGGAUCUGAUAUUACUGCAGGCUUGAAAAAAGUAACGAGUGAUAUGCAAACACACAAGAACACUGCCCUGAGGAAAACCAGCCAGGUCAACUCAUCUGCAAAGCCCUACAGCGCGCCUAAGCCAAAAAGCGUCGUCAAAACUGAAGUUGUCAAGGAUCCCGUCUUCGAGCUCGACAGCAAGAAAUGGAUGAUCGAGUAUCAACGAGGAAACAAAGGUCUCACAAUCGAUGGAAACAUGAAACAAACUGUCUAUGUCUUCAAAUGCCAGGACUCAACAAUUACUGUCAAUGGAAAGGUGAAUAGCAUCAUCCUUGACACCUGCAAAAAGUGCGCACUUGUCUUCAACGAUUCCGUCGCCGGUAUCGAAGUUAUCAACAGUCAGCGAAUCCAGGCGCAAGUCACUGGAAAAUGCCCAAUCAUUAAUGUCGAUAAGACUGAUGGCUUCCAAAUGUAUCUGAGCAAGGAAUCGAUCGACUGUGAAAUCAUUACUGCUAAAGUUUCUGAGAUCAACAUCAUGAUCCCCGAAGGAGACGACUACACCGAGAAAGCCGUUGUCGAGCAGUUCAAGACCGUCUGGGAUCCCGUCAAGAAGCAAAUGGUCACGACACCCGUCGAAAUCUGCGGAUAA